CAUGACGAGCCGACGAGGGGGCGUCCGCUCGCUCCCGGAGUGCAGCUUCUUCCUCUCUUUCUUUUUCGUCCCUCACGCGUAAUUACGCAGCCUGCACGAGAUGGAUCCGAACCUGGCGGCGUGCGUGUGCGCGGUGCUGCUGGUGUCCGUCGGGCUCCUGGCGGAGCGGGCCGGCUGCCAGCACUACUACCUGUUGCGGCCCAUCCCCAGCGACACCCUCCCUCUCGUGGACCUAAGAGAGGACCCGGACCCCGCGCUGGACCCCCGGGAGCGGGACCUGAACGAGACGGAGCUUCUCGGCCUGCUGGGGGACUUCGACAGCCGCUUUCUGGCUCUGUCGCCGAUGCCGAGCGGCCAGGACGGCUUCGCGGGCAACGACGAUCCACGUGAGGACGCCGAGCUGCUGCAGAAAUCCGGCGGCGUGGUGCCCAAGGAGAUUCGAGCACUGGACUUGGACGUGCAGCUGCAGGGGAGGAGGCCCAUCAAGCCCAUCAGUAAGAAGCUGAAACGGCGCUUGCAGCAGUGGCUGUGGGCGUACUCCUUCUGCCCGGUUCGGUACUCCUGGAGCGACCUGGGCGCGCGCUUCUGGCCGCGAUACGUGCGCGCCGGCAGCUGCUUGGCCAAGCGCUCGUGCUCGCUCCCGGAGGGCAUGCUGUGCCAACCGGCCGCGUCCACGCACCUCACCCUGCUCAGGUGGAGGUGCGCGCACCGGAAGGCGGGACUCAAGUGCGCAUGGAUCCCCGUGCACUACCCUGUCAUCACGGACUGCAAAUGCGCAUGCGCCACAUAAGCGCCAAGGCUCGAUUUUCACCCAAAAAAAAAAAAAAACAUUGGACGAAUUUACUUUAAAUGUUUGAGUGCUAUAUCUUAAUAGCUCCACCAAUCAUAAGAGCACAUUAGGAAAGCAAAAAAAUUAAAAAAUAAAAUUUUAAAAUCCCUUUCAUGACCACAGAUGAACUUUACCAUUUAUGCCAAAACCAUCUUUGUUUGUUUUUUGAACCAAUGAUUGAAUAUUUUGAAGAUAAAUAUGAAGGUGUGCAGAAAUAGUCAUUAUUGGAAUACAUUUUUGAAAUACUACGACGAAACCAUUCAAAUUGGGGGGAAAAUGCAUUCAGUCCAAUGUCCCCAAAACCUCGAGUGUGAAUGUCUCUUUUAAAAAGUCACUUUUAUUCUUAUUUUCCCCCACCCAUUUGUUAAAAGUUCACAAUUUCUUUAAAAGUAUUGAUUUUUAUUAUAAGGACUUUACAUUCAGAACAGAUCAUCUUAACGAAAAGCACAGGCAUUUAGUGUUUUAAUUCGGUAAAGAUUCACAUUUAAAUACACAUCACUGAAUUAUUGUUAUCAAAUAACCUUUGGGGUUUUUUUUUCAUUACUUUCAAAAUGUUUUCAUGAUUUUUUGAUUGGGGUGUGGGGGUGGGCGUGCGGAGAAACCCAAUCCCAGAAAAGUUAUUCAUGUACACUGAAAAAAAGUGGGAAUUUCUUUUUUUCGAAGUAAACAGUAUUUUAAAGCGGUGAAACAUGUUUCAAGUUUAUUCAAUCACAAUAAUUCAGUGGGUUGUACUUAAAUGGGUAACCUUACAUUCGUCUUACCUAAUGAAAGACAUAAUGCAAUAAAAACACUUAAAGGCUGUUUUUUGGGCAAGAUUAAUUUGGGGAAUUUCUUUGUCUGGAGACAUUUUUCAAAUAGAAAAUUUUGAAGAGUUAAGAUAAAAUUAUUCUGUCCAUAUUUCCACUGGCAGCAACUGCCCAAACUUACACAAUCACUCUCCAGCAUCGAAAUUAAUUUAGAAACUAGACUAGCCAUAAGAUUCGUGGUCAUAAAGUUCACCUGACAUUUUAAUAAAAUAAGCACCCCUGGUGUUUUUGUUGAGGACAAAUAUAGAACAGGGGUGUCCAACAUCUGGUACAGGGGCCAAUUGCAGUCCACUGCAUGUUUUUAUUUAUUUUAUUUUUUUCUUGAGAGGGGGGGUGUCUUUUCUGGAGGGGGGCUCUGCAUAGGAGUGUUCUUAUGCUAAAAUUAAACCCAGCCUGCAUCAAAAUCUUGCAAGAAAAAAGUUCAAAUGGUUAAAAGAAAUGGUCUUUUUAAAUUGUAACAAAGGUUGAAUGUUUCAAGAUAUCACAUUUUAUUUUUAAAAAGUAUUAUUAAUAAUUAUUAUUUUUGUUAUUUAAAAUUGUAAAUAAAUGUGUAUGUUUCCAAAUAUCACACAAUUUUGCCUUUCCUUUAAAACUAAGUCCAAUUUAUUCAAAUUUUACAAGAGGGUAACACUCAAGUGACUUUUUUUUUAAAUCUUAAAUCCUUACUUAGCAUAUGUCAACUUCGAGCCCAGUAAAUCAGUUGUUUACCCUACCACAAGGUGAAAUAGGCCACCCACUUCAUUUCAAAUUUUUAUUUUUUAUUUUUUGAAUGUGGAAAAACUUUGAACAUCCCUGGUGUAUGACCAUGUACACGUUACUUGUGACUCAUUAUUAUUUGUCACCGGAGUGGACUUCAUCGAUGGACGCUCUGCCGUCGAAGUGUUAUGUAUUUAUGAGAGCGUCAUUGUGGGUGAUUCUAUUCUGUAAA